UUUGGGGUUUUAUUCAAGUCUCAAGUGACAAAUCUAAAUAACAAAUAUCAAGAAAAUCUAAAAUUAAUUAAACUAACUUUGUUAAAAUAUUCAUCAAGUUUUAGGAACAAUUAGUUGGACGUUGGGUUUAAUUAUCUGUGAUUAGAGAUAUUCUGGACCGCCACGAACACUUCCAACUGUUUAAUUAUGAUAAGUAUCUAUAAUUUACUCUUUGAAGUAUUUGCAUGGCAAGAAAUUUAAUGGGUUUUAAUUAUGUUAAGUAUUGGUACUUAAGAAAAAUAAUUUGUGCCAAGUAAAAACGAACAACAAAUUAAUAACAAAUCUUCAUUAUUUUAAUACACCAUUAGUGUUUGUUUAAAGUAUCAAUUAUAAUAAAUUGAUGUCUUAAAGAACCAUUAGCAAUUAUAUAAAUGUUCUUUGGUAUUCCAUAUAAAACGAUGGCACUGGAAGAUGAAAUUUUUGGUACGGUCAUCACCAUAAUGAGAUUCCAUGGUCUGUGGAACAUGGAACUUAACACCAAUCGUUUCAAGCUACUAAAAGUCGUGGCAUUUUAUGGAAGCUCUUAUGGAAUUGUAGCGGGUUGUCUUCUCCACUUAUUUUUUGGAGAACACGACAACGACAUCAUGGACAUAUCAAACGACAUACUAUACACUAUAAUGGGUGCCUUUUACUUGUACGUAUUUUUGGUCUUCUUGUCCAAAAUCGAAGCGUUCUUUCAGUACGUAGACGAAAUUAAAACCAACUGGGAGUUCGGAGUACCGAAGGCGAUACAUGGGCUCAAUAAAAAGCACGACUUAUACGCCAAGUCGAUCUACUGCAUGACGUUUUUCUCGGUCAUCGGUUUGGCUGUGUUCGUCCAUUUCGGAAAGCCUUAUUGCGAAAGGAAGAACGAACUGUACGGUACUCACAACACUUGCGGACUGCUCGGGCCGUUCUUUAUACCCGGAUUUAAUACGGACGACUAUCAAUUGUUGAUAUUGGGUUGUCAGUUGUAUAGUGUACUUUUAACGACUCCGACCAUCACGACUUGCAGCUACUUUGGUGCUGCGAUGGUGGAUGUGAUCACCUUGAAGCUGGCCCAUUUGAACGAACACAUAGAAGACGUUUCUGAUUGUUCCACGUACCAUGAGCAACGAAAUAAGUUGACGUUUUGUGUUAAAUAUCACAAUCACAUCAUGGGUUUGCAUCGACAGUUGCUGGACUGCACAGAGACCAUCAGUAGCGUCCACUUUAUGUUGUCGGCGUUAAUAAUUGGUAUCAUCAUCUACCAGCUUUACAUAGACAUCAACGUAUUUACAAUAUGUCAAGUAUGUGGAUGGUUUGGAAUCAUAAUUCUGUUGAGUUUGUCUGGACAAGCAUUAGUUAAUGAGGUAUAUCUGGUACUGAAGUUAUUUCUUUGUUUCUAACUAAUCAGUCAUAGAGUG